CUAGACGUCAAAUAAGUCAAUGGAUUAGUCAAUGAUUUAGUUUGAUUUUGUAUGCGCGUGAAGCAAUCGAGAAAAUGUCCCACGCAGCGAAGAUUUUGAGGUCCCAUGUAAAACCAUUAGCAAGCGUAACCAAGUUGAAGGCUCUUCCAUUCGAAAGGCUUCCCGGACCAUUGCGGAUAUCAUUUCUUGGACCGUUGAACGAAGCAAUACAACUCGGAAAUCCAAAAACAUUGCGCCACUCCGUGCACCACCAAUUACAUUUAAAAAUAUCCAACUAUCAUGAGAAGUAUGGUCCUAUGUUCAAAGUAAAACUAUCGAAAGUGGACGCUGUUUUUAUAAAUAAUCCAGAAAUGAUGAGGACCGUAUUUGAUUACGAAGGCAAAUACCCGAAGCAUCCGUUGCCGGAAACAUGGAGAUACUUCAACCGAAAACAUAACUGCAAACGUGGGUUAUUUUUCAUGGACAAUGAAGAAUGGUUCCAAUAUAGAAAAUUCUUAAAUCAACAUUUGAUGCGAGAUGUGAAAUGGAUGGAGGGACCAGUAAAAUGGAUAUGUGACAGAACUGUAGACAAUCUGCCUAAACAUUGCGAGAGCAUUGUUGAAGAUUAUCGGCUAUUUGAAAUAUCCGACAUAGAGUCGAUACUUUAUAAAUGGUCGAUCGAAGUUAUUUUGGGCAUAAUGCUUGGUAAUUCCUACAACGACAAAAGUGCCAUGAGAUUGAAUGAUUUGGUUGACAAGUUCUCCAAUAUAGUUUACCAAAUUUUUCAACAUAGCUCAAAUCUUAUGACUAUUCCACCAUAUUUGGCUGAUCGACUGAAAUUGGAUGCGUGGAAGAAAUUUGAAAUGAUAGUACCGGAAACACUUUCUAUAGCGAAUCAAAUAAUUGACACAUCCCUAGACGAUUUUGAGCAGGGCGAUGGGUUGUUAUCAAAAUUGCAGGACUCUAUUACAUCUCGUGAUGAUAUCAAGCGUAUUUUUGCUGACUUUAUAAUCGCUGCAGGCGACACAACUUCGUUUGGAACGUUAUGGUGUUUAUAUCUAUUAGCAAAGUACCCGUCGAUGCAAGAACAGGUUUAUGUCAGCAUUACAGGAAACGAUUUGGAAUCACCACUUGUUAGAGGCACAAUUAAAGAAGCCUUACGAUUAUUUCCAGUAGCUCCAUUCAUUGGCCGCAUUUUAGAAAAAGACGCUAUUAUCGGAAGCUAUUGCAUUCCAAAAAAUACACUUGCUUUACUCUCACUCUACACUGCGGGCAGAGAUGCAGCAAAUUUUUACAGGCCCGAAGACUUUCUACCCCACAGAUGGAUACGAGAAAAUGAUAAUAGCAUGCCGUUUUCACCAUUUCAUGCUAAUGCAAGUUUACCAUUUGCAAUUGGAAGUAGGAGCUGCAUAGGGCGGCGAAUCGCAUUGUAUCAGAUGCAAUUUUUGCUAUCAAAGAUCAUGAAAAAGUACCGUAUAACAGUGGACAAUGAUACGUACAUUGAAGCCGAACUCAAUCUUGUGACAGUGCCAAAGUCCAAAUUUAAAAUAGUGUUUGAAAGGCGAGAAUAAAAUUUACAAUUAAUUGUGAAUUUAAGGCUCAAGUUACUUUCUUUGAGCAUGUGUAAGAAUUGAACGCUUGGCAGUAUGCGUAGGAAAAAUUGUGUAGAGCCAUGCCGCCGAUUUAUCCUUAUAAAGCAUUCAUUAAACUCUAAAAGAAGAAAAUCAGUCGAUUUAUUAGAUUAUCAGGAUUCAAAUUGUGCAAAAUAGUUGGUGGAAAAACAAUUGACCGGGCGGGAUGGUGCUUUUGAAAAAGUGGCUGUGGUUUUUUAACUACGCAGUUGUGUUGCGUGCCCCGGGACAGUGUGGUGGUGUGACGAAAAAUUACCGCCACUUUUUCAAAAGCACCAUUCCGCCCGGUCAAUUGGUUUUCACCAACUAUUUUUCACGAUUUGAAUCGUGAUAAUCUAAUAAAUCGACUGAUUUUCUUCUUUUAUAGUUUAAUUAAUGCUUUAUAUGGAUAAACCGGCGACAAAGUUGAACGCAUUUUUUCCAACGCAUACUAUCAAGCGUUCAAUUUGUGUAGACGCUCACCGAAAGUUCUUUGAACCUUAAAAAAUUACCGUUUGCACAUUGAAUUACAUUUGCUGUUUCAUUAUAUUGAAAUCAUCAGACCAA